AUGAAUUCCGAACCAAAAGUCCCUGCACCUCCAUCCUUCGAAAGUCUCACUGCCGAAGCGGUACUAGCCGAGACCCAAAAUAUCCUCAACUCAACAGCAGCUCUGCAUGACGAUCUUGCCGCUACAUUCACACCCUCGUCCACAACCUUCACCAGUAUUAUCCGACCCAUCAUAGAUAAUACCAACCGUGCCGCAUGCCGCCUACGCAUUCUGACGACGCUGCUGGCACAGUUAUCGCCGGACAAGGAACUUCGUGAUGCUGCCCGUCAGGCUGAAACACGUGUCGCGGCAGCUCAGGUCAAGAUCCUCAUGCGACCUGACAUUGCAUCCCUAGUGGCGGUAAUAUACGACAGAGAGAAGACGGCUCCGGAUGCGAACCUAGAUGGAGAAGAUCAACACUUACUUGCUCGUGUGCAUGGCGAGUACAUGCGUUCUGGGUCGUUUUUACGAAGCGAUGAAGAGCGGGAAGAGCUCCGAGCCGCUCUGGAGGAGAUCGAUCAGGUGCGAUCUGCCGCACAAGCUGCCUUCACAGAGGACGAGGGUGGUAUCUGGUUUGACCGUGCAGAUUUGACGGGCGUUCCAGAGACUAUACUUGCAUCUAUGCCUCAAGACGCAACUCGGAUCCAAGUGACAUUCCGAAAUGACCAUGUUACAGCAGUGAUGCGUCUCGCAGUCAGCGGUGAGACUCGCCACCGGUUUGCAGUCGCUGGACUGAACCGUCUUCCUGAAAACGUAGCUCGUCUAGCUUCGCUAGUCGCUUUACGCGAUAAAGUUGCUCGCCUGUUAGGGUUUGAACACCAUGCGGCUCUCAAGAUUGCGGAUAAGAUGGCACCUAGCGUUGCUUAUGUUGAGGCUCAGCUGGAUGACCUUCACAGAAGGCUAAAGCCACUUGCGCAAGUUGAGACCGAUAGUUUGAUUCGUUUCAAGCAAAGGGAUUAUGAAGAGCCUGUUAGUGAGUUGCACUCAUGGGAGAGGGCGUAUUAUCUGCACAAGCAAGCCCAGGAAAUUUUCUCCGUGGACCAAGAGCUCCUUGCUGAGUACUUUGAAGCCAAUCAUACUCUCCGGGGGAUGCUUAAUGUGUUCCACGACCUUUUUGGGAUCGACUUUAAGCUUAUUGAAACUUCAGUAUGGCACAAGAGUGUCGUGGCAUAUGAAGCCUGGGACUCAGCCAGCGAAAGAGGCAGUUUUCUGGGACAUUUGUACGUUGAUCUCUUUGAUAGAGAUGGUAAAUAUCGUGGGGCACACCAUGUUCUGAUUCAACCGGGUUUCACCGAAGCAAACGGUGAUAAACACUACCCAGCAUCGGCCAUGGUGUGUAGCUUCGCUAAUCUGUCGCUAUCCCGCCCAUCACUGCUUCAGCACAGUGAAGUGAAGACCAUGUUUCAUGAGCUUGGACACGCCAUUCACAACAUAGUGGCCAUAACAAAAUAUUCUAUUCCUCACUCACGAGACUUCAUUGAAAUUCCAAGCAUCAUGCUUGAGAAUUGGAUAUGGCUCCCAGAAGUAUUAGUUCGACUCGGUCGUCAUUAUACAAGUCAAGAAGCUUUACCUCGGGAACUAGCACAACGCGUCGCACGAACAAGAAACGCAAACAGAGCUAACAACAUCCUGGCUCAAGUCCAACCAGCUCUAUUUGACCUAGCGAUUCAUACACCUCCAACUCAUGAAGCUGCGUUAGAGAUGGAUACAACUGAAAUCUGGAACAAAACAAAGAGAGAUGUUCUCAUGCAUAGCUUUGGACCAAAUCCGCGUGAUUGGGGAGCUGGACAGGCGAGGUUUGCGCAUAUGUUUCGUAAGAACGAUGGUAGUUACUAUGCCUAUCCCUUAUCGAUGGUCUUUGCAGCAGAUCUCUUCAUGUCUGAAUUUUCAGAAGAUCCUAUGAGUCCGGAGACGGGGAGAAAAUAUAGGUAUCAAGUGCUGGAACCGGGGUCAAGUCGUCCGGAGAUUGAGAUUUUGAAAGACUUUCUGGGGAGGGAACCAAGUAGUAAAACUAUUUUUGAUGAACUCUGUCAAGACCAUGACGGGUUAAGAUAA